AUGGCGUCUUCGGAAAUGCCAGCUCGUGUUGAAACGCCUCUUGGCGCCGAUUUGCCGAGCGAAACGAAUGCCGAGCAAACGCAAGCAUCGCAGCGUCAGCGUAGUGGGGGUGGGGGUGGAGGUGCUUCAAAGGAUUUAAAGGAUGCCAAGGAUAGGGGGCAAAAAACGGAUAUACAGAGAUCGCCCGAACAGCGAAGAUCACCGGAAACUGAAACAACGCCGGUGGGAUCACCAAACAACACCAAUGCAGGCAAUACGGGGGGCGGUGGCGAGGGGGGCUUGGGACGCAGCUCUUCAGUGGACUCAUCAUCGACGCUGCCGCAACAAUUCUGUCUUCGCUGGAACAAUUAUCAGAGCAAUAUGACGACCAUAUUCGAUCAGUUGUUGCAGAACGAAUGCUUCGUUGACGUCACGCUUGCCUGUGAUGGCCGCUCGAUGAAGGCCCACAAAAUGGUGCUAUCCGCCUGCUCGCCCUACUUCCAGACCCUGUUGGCCGAGACGCCCUGCCAGCACCCGAUUGUCAUAAUGCGUGACGUCAACUGGCCCGAUCUGAAGGCCAUUGUUGAGUUCAUGUAUCGUGGUGAGAUAAACGUCAGCCAGGAUCAGAUCGGGCCCCUCCUGCGCAUUGCCGAAAUGCUGAAGGUACGCGGCCUAGCAGAUGUCACGAACAUGGAGUCCUUGGCUGCAGAGGUGGACACGCCCAGCAUGGCACAGGUUUCGCCCAAGGACUCGGCAUCGGCAACGGGCGUCGAGCGCGAGGCUGAGGAGCUGCUCGCCUUCAUGCAGCCCGAGAAAAAGCUGCGGUUGGGCAAUGAAUGGGGCGACUUCGGAGCAACUGCGUCCAGCAACAUAGAGUUUCGCAUGUCACCCCACCAGCAGCCAGCGCGCAACGUACGCAAGCGACGCUGGCCCUCCGCCGACACAAUUUUCAAUCCGCCCUCCAGUCCACUCAGCAGCCUCAUAGCUGCCGAGCGUUUGGAACAGGAACACAGCUCCAAGUCUGCGGGUGCCGGCACCAGCGGGCCAGGCAGUGGCACGCCCCGACGUCUCACUCCGUCUUCCGCAGCAGCAGCUCUGGACGUGCAUGGCCUGGAAAUGCCCUCGCCGGCGACCACACCCGCGCCCAGUGCUCAUCAUUCGCAAAACAUCUCACCCGCUUCGUCCGCACACUGCGGCUCCUCUGGCCACACUGCGCCAUCCAGUUUGGUUCCAUCGCCAGCGAGUGAGGCGCGUUUUCCGAUGAACCCCGCCGCAGCCAUGGCUGCUGCUAUGGAACUGAGUGGCCUCGGAGCUGCACAAACGAAUACGUCGGCGAGUUCCGAGCCACGCCUUCCACCGCCCCCUCACCAUCAUAUCACUCCGUCACCGUCUGAUGACAUGGAAAUCAAACCCGGCAUAGCCGAAAUGAUACGCGAAGAAGAGCGGGCCAAAAUGCUGGAGAACUCACACGCUUGGAUGGGAGGUACCGCAUCGACGCUGGCUGACAGUUACCAAUACCAACUGCAGUCGAUGUGGCAGAAAUGCUGGAAUACCAACCAAAAUCUGAUGCACCACAUGCGCUUUCGUGAACGUGGUCCGCUCAAAUCCUGGCGCCCCGAGACCAUGGCCGAGGCCAUUUUCAGCGUCCUGAAGGAGGGCCUAUCAUUAUCGCAGGCGGCUCGCAAAUACGACAUACCCUAUCCAACGUUUGUGCUAUAUGCGAAUCGUGUCCACAAUAUGCUGGGACCCUCCAUCGAUGGCGGACCCGAUCUGAGGCCGAAGGGGCGCGGAAGACCGCAGCGCAUAUUACUGGGGAUCUGGCCAGACGAGCAUAUCAAGGGUGUAAUUAAGACGGUAGUGUUUCGUGAUGCCAAAGAAAUAAAGGAUGACGGCAUGAGCUCGCAUUUGCCGCCCUAUGGACGUCAUUCGGAUCUGUCUCUUAACUAUCCCGGAUCUAGUGGCAUGACAGCCGGCGGCCCUAGCCUGGGAUCGUUGGCUUGUCCCAAUGGCAUGCCCAGCGGGGCGGUCGGUAGCGGCGGAUCCGGAACAGCUGCCGAACAACAAAUGUCGCAGGAAACCGCAGCCGCCGUCGCGGCAGUGGCGCAAAAUCUACGUCAACAGAUGCAAAUGGCAGCGGCCGCGCAGCAACACCAGCAUCAGCACGCGGAAAGUGGUGGACCACCGCCGGGACUAUUCAAUCUGCCCCCGCAUUUGCAGCCGCAUCCGGUGCCCGGCGGCAUACCGCUGCCCAAGGCGAGCAUAUCGCCGGCGCUGAGCAGCGGGUCGAAUCCAUCGCUGGGACCACGGCAUGCGCCCUCGCCCUGCGGUCCCGCAGCCAUGCACGCGCUCUCGGGCCUGCCGCCCAGUAUGGCCGUCGCAUUGCGCGAUCCCGCCGCCGCCUCGCUACUGGGCCAGCAGCAACAGCAACACCUGCAACAGUUACAGCUGCAGCAGCAACAUGCACUGCUGCAGCACGCCCUACAGCAGCAACAUCAGCAGCAACAGCAACAUCAGCAGCAGCAACAACAGCAACAACAACAGCAACAUAUUGCUGAUAAGUCGAAGGCAGCGGCGUCUUCCGAGCGGCGACAGGCGAGUCCGCUGCGCAGCGACACCCCGCACUUGCAUUCGCCUUUGCCAUUGCCAGAGCUCGGCCUAGAGAUAGGAAGCUACAAACGCGAAUACUCUCCCACACAGCUCUUCGCCGACGAUUUGGCCGAGCUGGUCAGCGGCGUCGCGUCCUCGUCCUCGCCGGCAACCACGGCAACAUCCACCGCGCCAGCAACGAGCAUUGCUACGGGAAGAGCCUCAUCCACCGACAUCAGUUCGAGCAGCAUUAAGGUAGAGCCCAUUACCACGAGCAACGAAUAGAGAGAUGUUUCGAAAAUCAAAACAAAAGUAUCUAAGGAAUCAAAUCAAAACUCCUAGCAACUACUUACAACGUUAAGUUCACGUAAAUCCAACCCAUCCAGUGUAAUCAAUAUUAAGCCCCCACCCUCCCUCCUUCUUAAAUGGACGACGAAUUUCGGUUAUUCGUACUAACUCGUUAGCUGCUUGAGUCUCAGCCCCCCUAAGAUCGCAUUCGCCUUCUACAAAAAAAUUAUUUCUCGAAAACUCCUCUAAAUAUUUAAACUUAGCUUUCAACUCUGUGUUGUAUUUUGGAUCCUACAGCUUUGGGAUACAAGUGCCAUUUUAAGACAGCGUAUUUUGUGUUUUGAUAGAAGAUAUAGAAGAUGCCUUUCAGAUUCUUUUAUCUCCGUUUGUUUGUUUUAUAUUAAUUUGUAAAUCAUG